CGUACCUCACCAGGGCCGGGAAGAAAGGAGGAAUCGACGUGAUCUGAUGACGCUCGCCCCUCGGCGGCGAACAUUGAUGGUGUCAUCGAGGGCCCGCCCACCCGCCGGCGACCCAUUUCCGAGCUGCACCAGAGCAUGAGGAUCUUAUGGAGGCCAUUUGGAUUCUCAAGAAGACUUCUCAAAGUGGAAAGCUGUAGAAUAACUGAAUCAGAAUCAUUGAUUCCACUAGCUUGGGCAUCACUGAUACAGAAGCUUAGCAGAACACCUGGUAUUUUCUUGUUGGAUCAAAGAAAAAGAUUCUCAACCAUGCCUGAAAUAGAAACAAAUCAGAGAGACUCUGAAUUGUUUUCACCACCCUCUGAUGUUCGAGGAAUGACAGAACUUGAUAGAACAGCUUUUAAAAAGACAGUCACCAUCCCGGUGCUUAAAGUGAGGAAAGAAAUAGUCAAUAAAUUGAUGCGAUCCCUUAAAAGGGCAGCACUGCAGCGCCCAGGCAUAAAACGUGUGAUUGAAGAUCCAGAAGAUGAAGAAAGUAGACUAAUUAUGUUGGAUCCUUAUAAAAUGUUUACUGAUGAUUCCUUUGAGAAAGGAGAACUCAGUAUUUUAAAGCAGCUGAAUGUCAAUCCACAGAUAUCUAAAUAUAACUUGGAACUAACUUAUGAAAACUUUAAGUCAGAAGAAAUCUUGAAAGCUGUGCUUCCUGAAGGUCAAGAUGUGACUUCAGGGUUUAGCAGAGUUGGACAUAUUGCCCACCUGAACCUUCGAGAUCAUCAACUACCUUACAAGCAUUUAAUUGGCCAAGUUAUGAUUGACAAAAAUCCAGGAAUCACCUCAGCGGUAAAUAAAAUUAAUAACAUUGAUAAUACCUACCGAAAUUUCCAAAUGGAAGUGCUAUCUGGAGAGGAGAAUAUGAUGACCAAGGUUCGAGAAAACAACUACACUUAUGAAUUUGAUUUUUCAAAAGUCUAUUGGAAUCCUCGUCUCUCCACAGAACACAGCCGUAUCACAGAACUUCUCAAACCUGGGGAUGUCCUAUUUGAUGUUUUUGCUGGGGUUGGGCCCUUUGCCAUUCCAGUAGCAAAGAAAAACUGCACUGUAUUUGCUAAUGAUCUCAAUCCUGAAUCCCAUAAAUGGUUACUACACAAUUGUAAAUUAAAUAAAGUGGACCAGAAGGUGAAAGUCUUUAACUUGGAUGGGAAAGACUUCCUCCAAGGACCAGUCAGAGAAGAAUUAAUGCAGCAGCUGGGACCACUGUCAAAAGAAAGAAAACACUCUGUGCACAUUGUCAUGAACUUGCCAGCAAAGGCUAUUGAGUUUCUCAGUGCUUUCAAAUCACUCUUAGAGGGACAGCCAUGCGGCAGUGAGCUUUUUCCCAUCGUGCACUGUUACAGCUUUUCCAAAGAUGCUAAUCCUGCUAAGGAUGUUCAGCAACGAGCUGGAACUGUGUUAGGCAUCUCCUUGGAGGCAUGCAGUUCAGUUCACCUAGUAAGAAAUGUGGCCCCUAACAAGGAAAUGUUAUGCAUCACUUUUCGGAUUCCUGCUGCUAUACUUUACAAGAACCAGACCCUAAAUGGAGACAAUCAUGAAGAUCCACCUAUUAAACGCCAGAGGACAGAUAAAGACUUUUAGGAGGAAAAAACACAAAUUGCUUCAAUCACUUAAUUGGAAAUAUUUUCUCCAGCUCCCCACUAGACCUUUAUGUAGUGAAAUAUCAUUUGUAUGAUUUCUAAUAUUUUAGCAUUCAGUUACUUUAGUAUUGAACCCUUAUAUUUUGCCCUAGCUGUCUUAUAAAUUGGGGAUUAU